AUGGCUGAUGUUGAGCUUCUCAAGGCUGAACUGGCCAAGACCCAUAAACUGGGGAAGUUCAUCAAAGCGUGGGACCCGCAGGUAUUGGGCGUCAAGGGUGCCAAUCCUCGCACCCUCAAAGACGACAACAUCGUCUCGGACAUGGAUGUGGCUAUCUCGAUCAGAGACGGUACAGUCCUGCGGGGCAACAUUUACCGGCCUCGCCACCUUGAGGGCACGAAGCUCCCCGUUAUCUUUAACUACAGCGUCUACAGCAAGGAUGGCGCAACCGACAUUGCAGUCUUCCCACCAAGUGCAGGCUUCGACAAAGCCCGUAUCACUAAAGACUACGAGUUCGAAGCGGCGGAUCCGGGGUGGUGGUGUCCUCGCGGGUACAUCGUUGCCAGCAUAGAUGCCAGGGGGUACGAUCUUGUCGAAUGGCUUGCACAGCAGGGUUGGUCAAAUGGCAAGGUUGCCUUGUAUGGGGCCAGUGGCUACGCAAUGGUGCUUUGGCUUGUAGCAGCUGAACAACCUCCAUCACUCGCGAAUCUCGUCGAGGAUACGACGGACGGGGCCAAGACACACCCAUACUUUGACGAGUACUGGCAAAACAAGAUUCCGGCUCUCUCAAAAAUCAUAGCUCCAGCAUACAUCAUUUGUGGAUGGGGUGGUGGGACACUCAACGCUUGGGAGAAGAUCGCUUCUCAGGACAAGUAUCUCGAGAUUCAUCAGUGCCAAAAAUGGGAGUGGUCGGUCACUGAGGAGUCGUUAAACCGCCAGAAGGCUUUCCUCGAUCAUUAUCUGCUCGGGCUGUCGACAGAAAUUCAGUACUGGCCCAAAGUCCGUUACACCAUGAGGGAACGCUACUACACCGGAGAAUGGCGAUAUAGUGAUGCAUUUCCAAUUCCAGAAACCCAGUAUACGCAGUACUUCCCGACCCCGAGUUUUGGCUUGAGCAAGGUUGCUCAGCGCGCGGAGAGCCAUACUUCAUACGACGCGAGCCAGGGUGAAGUCGCCUUUGAGCUUCCUCUUCGAAACUCCCUUGAGUUUGCAGGCCAUGCCAAGCUCAAACUCUGGGUUGAAGUGAUUGAUGGUGGCGAUAACCUGGAUCUUUUCAUAACUCUGCGAAAGAAGGGUAAAGAUGGAAAGGAUGUCGACUUCCCAUGGAUCACAGUCGUCGAUACCGGCCCCCUUGGUUUCGGUUGGCUUCGAGCCUCUCGACGCGAGUUGGAUGAGACCGCUUCGACCCCAUGGAAGCCAGUUCAUCUCCAUCGAAGAGAUCUGGAGCCUCUCAAAGCCGGAGACGUGGUGCCUGUGGAGAUUGAGAUACAGCCGACGAACUGUCGAUUCCGGGCGGGAGAGCGACUUAGCCUCGUAGUCUCUGGACACGACUACGGCAAGUACCCUCCAGGUGCUCCUAUCCCCAGGCAUAAUUCCACAAUCAACAAAGGACGCCAUGUCAUUCAUUUUGGCGGAAUAUACGACUCGCAUCUGCUGUUGCCCGUAAUUCCACCGGUCAAGGAAGCGUAUAGCCAAAAGAGGCCCCUCGUCAAGAUGUCUAUUGCUUGCAGACGGAUUCCCGGUUGGACGGAAGACAAGUUUCUUGAGGAAUAUACCAGCGUCCAUGCUGCAAUGACGAAGCAUAUCUCCGACGUGGUUCCCAUCCUCCGGAACUACACUCAGGCCGUCGCACUCCCUCAUUCUAGUAUCCCAGGCGUCCCGAACGGGGGUCUAGAACCUUGGGAUGCGGUGACGACGCUCGGUUGGACAUCAUUGAAAGGUCUUUGGGGCUCGUUUCAAGCUCCCGAGUACAAAGCUUCUGCUGGUAAACAUGAAUUCGCGGACACUUCAUCGCAGACUGGCAUACUCAGUCAAAACUUUGCGGAGAGUUUGUUUGAUCCCAUCCUUUUUGAAAAGCGUGGAAACAAAGCAGCAUUGCUAUUAGUCUUCCUAGCAAAAUCUCAGGAUUCAACCUACACUGAAGACGACCUUACUAAUCGAGCAGCGUCCAUCACGGAAGUCGGCGCCGGCACGUCUUUGAUGAGAUAUGUCCUCAACCGAGAAGUCACUCCCGAAGAUACUGCCAGUUUCUUUGCCGGAACACCAUUUGCCACUUCUGACUGGCACACAAUGGCUGCUUUUGAGCAGUACUGGUUCCCAGACCGAGCCGCCGCCGCAAAAUUCGUCAGCGAGAAGAACAAGCUAGAGACUCUCUUCAAGAAGUUGCCAAAGUCCUUUGAUACAGGGAAAUCUUUUGCGGUGAUCGGAGAUGAAAACAUUGUGGUGAAGAAGGAUUUGGAAUUCUAG